UGCUGCUACCUUCGUGUACUCUUUUUAAUUUAGCCAUAAUAAAGUACCAUUUUCUUUACAGUCCACUGGCAUUCCUGUUCAUUUACGAACGAAUCUGCAAGUCCCAAGCUUUGGGCUUUUCUUUCUCUUCUUCUCUCUUUAAUCAUUUGGGGGGAGAAGAAGAAGAAGCAAAGCUAUAAUGGGGCUUUGUGGGUUUGGGUUGUUUUAGCAUUUGCUUUUUCUCAGCUGGUUAUCGCCUUUUUAGAUUUCAAUGAAACUGAGCUGUCGUUUCUUGAAUCUUUAGAAUAUGGAGCUUCCAAAAUCAACUAUAAUCCUCUCAUGGUUGGACUCACUCUUAUUCACACCGCUGGCGCUAAAGGAGCUGUCUGCCUGGAUGGAACAUUGCCAGGGUAUCAUUGGCAUCCUGGAUAUGGAUCAGGAGCAAAUAGCUGGCUUAUUCAAUUGGAGGGAGGAGGAUGGUGCAAUAACAUUUGAACUUGUGUCUACCGCAAAAGAACUUGUGUCUACCGCAAAAGAACCAGACGUGGAUCAUCCACUUACAUGGAAAAGCAGAUACCAUUUACUGGAAUAUUAAGUGAAAAGGCUGAAGAAAAUCUCGACUUUUCCAAUUGGAACAGAGUAAAGCUUUGUUACUGUGACGGUGCCUCUUUUACCGGGGGCAGCGAAAAUAAGGCUGCCCAGCUGCAAUUCAGAGGCCAACGUAUAUGGCUAGCUGCAAUGGAAGAUUUAAUGUCAAAAGGAAUGCGCUAUGCAAAUCAGGCUCUUCUUUCGGGGUAUUCUGCUGGGGGUCUAGCUGCAAUUUUACACUGUGACGAGUUUAGGAACAUGUUUCCCAAAACCACUAGGGUUAAAUGCCUUGCCGAUGCCGGUCUAUUCCUUGAUACGGUUGAUGUCUCUGGUGGUCAGACACUUGAGAGUUUGUUCAGCGGCGUGGUUGGCUUGCAGGGUGUGCAACACAACCUGCCACGUAUAUGCACCAACCACCUCGAUUCAACAUCGUGUUUCUUUCCACAAAAUCUAAUCAGCCACAUCCAACCUCCACUGUUUAUUCUCAACGCAGCUUACGAUUCAUGGCAGAUUCAAUCCAGUAUCGCUCCACCAUCUGCCGAUCCGCAUGGUUAUUGGCAUGAUUGCAGAUUGAACCAUGCAAAAUGUUCCCCUUCCCAGAUCAGGUUCUUACAAGGCUUCCGCACGCAGAUGCUUAAUGCCAUAAAAGGGUUCGCAAUGUCAAGACGGAACGGAUUGUUUAUAAACUCGUUUUUUGCUCACUGCCAAUCAGAACGGAAAGACACAUGGUUCGCCGACUAUUCUCCCGAAAUCCGAGACAAGCCAAUUGCAAUAGCUGUCGGAGAUUGGUAUUUCGACAGAGCAGGAGUGAAGUCCAUCGACUGCCCUUAUCAUUGUGACAAAACUUGCCAUAAUCUGGUUUUCAGAUGAUUUACUUAGCUUUGUUAGAAGUAGCUAGUUUGAUUAUUCGAACGGAUUGACCGUGCGGUUCGAUGAAAUUAAAUACAAGACAAAAAAAAAAAGGUGUUAAUGAGGAAAUGCAAAUGCAAUCAGCAAAUCUCCCGACUGCGAUGUCUCUGCAAAUUAGCAUCGCUCAUUGUUGUUGGUUUAUUUAUAUCUACACUGGUUCAUGAUGUAUUUUGUCGUU